GAAUAUCAGUACGCGACAAGUGUUGCCCAUUCAGCGAACACAAUAUUUAUAAUAGGCGACUUGCGACGCUUUUUACUGCAGGUUGCACAGUAUUUUGGGAGAUUUUGGGCUCAUCUAGAUCACAAACAUGCCAGAAUAUAUGCUAUGCAGAAUAUGCCUGACAGAGGACACAGACACAAAUUUAAACAUGACACCACUAUUCGACGAACACAACAUGCAAGGCAAGGAGCUGGUCCGAAAAAUUGAAGAAAUUGGCAGCAUAAAGCUGUUGCCGCUGGUCGACAUACCAAGCAUGCUAUGCUCUAACUGUCUCCAAACGUUGUCCAGCGCCUACAAAUUCAGGGAAACCAUUCAGGCGAGCGAGCGCACUUUUUCAGCAAAUGUUAUAAAGGAUGAAAAUGAUAUGAAAUUGGAGCCCACAGAUGAUCAAACACACAUACAAAUCGAAAGUCAUGAUGUUGAAUAUAUAUAUGAGGGGGAAAACGAGUUCAUCGAUGCUGAUGAGGAAGUUGAGCUGAGUGGUAUGCUGGAGGAGAGAUUGGAGGACGAUGGUGAUGAGGAUCAAAUGGAAUACACCGUUGUUGCUUCUGACGAUGCCGACGAAAAGGACAUAUUUCUGACUUACAGCAGUGAUAGUGAUUACCAGCCUAGUGAGCGGGUUCGCAAACCAAAAAAUCGUAAAGGCCGACCCAACAAACGGGGGCGACCUCGAAAUACCACAUCGAAACGGGAUCAUGACAUUACAUCUCCUAACGCAACCAAGUCUCCUGGUAAAUUAGACGACGGUUCGUCAGUAAACAUUAUGUGCGAAGUUUGUGGAAAUAUUUACUCAAAACGAGGCGCUCUAAAUGUACACAUGCGUCGUCAUAUGGCUGAGAAACCAUUUGAAUGCGAAAUAUGCGGGAAAACAUUUGCCGGUCCCUCGGAGCUCAAUCGCCAUAUACGCGUCCACACGGGCGAGAAACCAUUCACGUGUAAAUACUGUUCGCGUUCAUUUGCGGAUCGCAGUUCCAACAUUAGACAUGAAAGAACUCAUACAAAUGAGCGUCCUUUUACCUGUUCCACAUGCGGGAAGGCCUUCUCCUACUCAAAUGUGCUAAAGAAUCAUAUGUUGACGCAUACGGGCGAGAAGCCUUUUGUCUGUUUGCCAUGCAAUAAAACUUUCUCAAGAAAGCACCAGCUUGAACAGCAUCUCGGUACCUUGACCCAUAAGCAAACGGCGAAUUCUCGUCAGGCGGCGGUUGACAUCAAAUAUCAACCUCAAACUCAAAUGUAUUAAUGUUCCACAUGCCUUGGAUUAAUUUAGCAAUUCAAUUUUUCGUAUAAUAAAGAGUACAAAUAAAUACAUAGUAUGUACUUAA